AUGAUAGUUAAGACACAAAAGCUUUUGGUCCACAGAGCUGCAGGUACACCAAAAGUUACUGUUGGAGUUGUUGGAGCUGGUACCGCAUGUGUUUUUGAAAAAAUUCAGCCGUCUCUGAGACAAAGCCUGAACGUGGCUUUUGCGCCAUCAAAAGCUAUUGGCAAGGUUUUGGCAGUUGAGCUACCGGAUAACGGGAAUCCAAGAUGCACAGUUUUGUACCCUCCUUCAGCAAAAGCUAGCAAUGAGAUUGGUAAGCUCUGA